CCCAUGUCCUGCUUGCCUGUUUGUCUACCACGCUUAUUCUUUAUCUCUUAUCAAUGACAGGGUCUCACUUCUCACUAUGCCAACUAUCCAUAGCCCACCUUUCCUUUCUUGGAUGAAAGUAAAUACCUACAUACCUAUUUACAUCCUUGUAUUUACACACUCGAGUAACAAAAGCUUCGAACAUCAAUACUAGGUAUAUAAUAAAACACGCGACGGAUACAUUCAUCACAAUGGCUCCUCCUUCAGCUGAUGAUGUCUUAGCUAGGUUACGGGCACUUAGCGCUAAGCAGGACAUCACCAUCUUAAAGCUCAGUGAACCUAUAUCGGCUGCGAUCACACAUCUACAGGAUGUUCAUCAGCGAACAUCUGAUGUCUCUAAUUCAUCCCUUGACGCAACUACACCGUCCUCUCUUGAAGCAGAUUUAACACACUACCGGGAACUAUUCGCCAAGUUGCGCUUUAGUUAUGUAGAACAAGUCUCCAAGGAGAAGUUCAUCCGAGCUAUAGUGGGCGAUCCACCUCUUAUCGUCAGCCCCCAGGAAAACCUGGAUCUUGAGAAGGAGAAUAUAGAGGCAAAGGCCACGUUGAAAGCCUUGAAAACCGAGGUCGCAUCUAUGGUUACCGAACUUGAGGGAAAAGCGAGGGACCUAAGUCGAAAAUAUGAGAAAAUCAAAGUCGAGACAGUCAAGUUGGAAGAGCUUCCGCGCAAAAUUGAAGACCUCGAGAAUGCAGUUGCAGAGUUAAAGAAGACGCAGAAAACGGGAUCAAAUCCAAACCCCGAGCUAAAUCUGCCUCUAGCCAAGACCUUAGACCUAGUCGAGUCAAAAAAGCAGCGAAAAGCUGAAU